GGGGAAACACUCACAGUCCCCCACUUUGCAGUUCGAAUUGCCCUCUUCUUACUGCAAAGGGUUUUCGUCUUUGCCGGCGGAGCAAAGAGCCGCUCCGGACGGUUUUCAACAGGAGAAAACUUCAUCAGUCGCCGUUUCUCUUUCUUAUCCACCAGCACCGCCACCGGUUCGUUUGAUAUGGAGUCUACUGCACCAAAUCAACUGCGCUCAAUUAAACUGUGGCCUCCAAGCCAUGGCACCAGGCUUGUUCUUGUGCAACGUAUAGUUAAAAAUCUCACAACUCCAUCUAUUCUAUCUAGAAAAUAUGGCAUUUUAAGCAAGGAAGAAGCAGAAGAAGAGGCAAAGCAAAUAGAGUCAUCAGCCUUUGCCAUUGCAAACCAACACUUUGAAAAGGAACCUGAUGGUGAUGGAGGAUCUGCUGUACAAACUUAUGCUAAAGAAUCCAGUAAACUCAUGGUGGAAGCUGUCAAAAGAGGCCCUAAACCAAAAACAGAUCAAGAACCUGAACCCAUACCAGAUACAGUUACACCACACCAUGAAACCUUCUUUGACAUUUCUGGAGGAAAGCGAGCCUUCAUUGAGGCAGAUGAAGCUCAAGAACUUCUAAAACCUUUAUCUGAACCUGGAAACAAAUACACAAAGAUAUGUUUUAGCAAUAGAAGUUUCGGUCUGGAUGCUGCCCGAAUUGCUGGACCCAUUUUGUCAUCUCUGAAAGAACAGUUGACCGAAGUUGACUUAUCCGAUUUUAUCGCCGGGAGGCCAGAAGCUGAUGCUCUUGAAGUCAUGACCAUUUUUGCCUCAGCUCUUGAAGGGUCAAAUCUUAGGUAUUUAAACCUUUCAAAUAAUGCUUUAGGUGAAAAAGGUGUAAGGGCAUUUGAAAAGCUUUUAGCUUCACAAAGUAAUCUUGAAGAGUUGUAUUUGAUGAAUGAUGGUAUCUCAGAGGAAGCUGCAAAGGCAGUAUGUGAAUUAAUCCCAUCAACAAAUAAACUCAAAGUCCUUCAUUUUCAUAACAACAUGACCGGAGACGAAGGAGCGAUUGCCAUUUCCGGACUCGUGAAGGAAUCACCAAUUCUGGAGGACUUCCGGUGUUCCUCCACGAGGGUUGAUUCCGAAGGCGGGGUUGCAUUAUCUAAAGCACUCGGGACUUGUCCCAAUCUGAAAAAGAUUGAUCUUCGUGACAAUAUGUUUGGAAUCGAAGCCGGAAUCGCAUUAAGCAAAGCCAUUCCAGUGUUUACUAGUCUCACCGAGGUGUAUUUUAGCUAUUUGAAUUUGGAGGACGAGGGGACUUUGGCUCUUGUGAAUGCAAUCAAGGAUUCCGAUUCCCCCCUUGAAGUUCUUGAGAUGGCCGGAAACGAUAUUACAUCGGAAUCGGCUUCGGCUUUGGCGGCUGUUAUAACCGCAAAGAAAAAUACUUUGAUUAAAUUGGUUUUAUCUGAGAAUGAAUUGAAGGAUGAAGGUGUGAUAGUGAUUGCUAACUCACUCAAAGAAGAGUUUGGACAGUUGACCGAAGUUGACCUGAGCACAAACGGAAUCAGAACGGUUGGAGCUAGGGCUUUGUCGCAGGCUGUUGUGGGUAAACCAGGGUUUAAAUUACUGAACAUUAAUGGUAACUUUUUAUCGGAUGAAGGGGUUGAUAAUGUGAAAGAGAUAUUCAAGAGUUUUCCUAGUGUUCUCGGUCCAUUGGACGAAAAUGACCCUGAAGGAGAAGAAUAUAAUGAUGAUGAUGAUGAUGAUGAUGAUGAAGAUGGUGAUGAUGCUAAUGAAGAUGAGUUGCAGUCAAAGCUUAAGGAUCUUGAGAUCAAGCAGGAAGAGUAGGAGAAGAUGGAUUCAGUAUAUUUAGAAUCUAAUCAAGAGUUAGGAUGAAUGAUAUGUUUUCUAUCUAUAUAUUAUUCAAACCUAUAAAGCUGGGUACUUGUAUUAUUAUUACAACUCUAUUAUGACUUUUGUUGUCGUUUUAUAAUUUGAAAUUUUGUUCUAGAAAUGAAA